GGUUUCUCCAUUGGAUAAAUCUUCUUGACGUAUAUAAAUUGAGAAAUAAGGUCAAAGGGUUUUCUCAAACUCAUCAAUAACAUUUCUCGAAAUGGCAACUUCCAUGAUUUAUCUUUUUGUUACCAUCUUGCUUGUGGCCGCCCACACGGCUUUUGCCGAAUCAAACAUGCUCCAAGAUUUUUGUGUUGCUGAUCUCAACGGUGAGAAAGUCAACGGAUACCCAUGCAAAGACCCAGCACAAGUAACACCAGAGGACUUCUACUACAUAGGCUUAGCCAAUGGUGCAUCCACCACGAACACCACACUGGGCUCAGCCGUUACAGGUGCGAACGUUGAGAAAAUCCCUGGCCUCAACACUUUGGGUAUCUCCAUGUCUCGGAUCGACUACGCACCAGGCGGACUCAACCCGCCGCAUCUUCACCCUAGAGCUUCAGAAGCCAUAUUCGUCCUAGAAGGACGUCUCUUCGUUGGAUUCUUGACCACCGCUGGAAAACUCAUCUCCAAACAUGUCAACAAGGGAGACGUCUUUGUAUUCCCUAGAGCCCUCCUCCAUUUCCAGCAGAACCCUAACAAUGCUCCUGCUUCUGUGCUCGCUGCUUUUGACAGUCAGAACUCCGGGGCUCAAGGUGUUGGACCGUCUCUGUUUGGUGCUAACCCUCCGAUUCCUGAUGACUUGCUUGCCAAGGCGUUCUAUUUAGAACCACAGGAGGUUCAAAAGGUUAAGGGUAAAUUCCCAGCUAAGAAAUAAAUAUAGGUUCAGACCAAACCCAUAAAUGCAAUAAUGAUAUACAAAUAAUGAACAUAAAAUGUAAGCUACUAAGCGAAAGCAAAAAAAGUGCUUGUAAAUAUUAUUUUUGAAUGUUGUAGAUUCUCUUUUAACCUUUUUGGCCCAUUCAUUAUAAUAAGACCGGUUUCAACA